AUGAAACCUAAGACAGGAGCUAGUGGAUUUUUACACCGCCACUACACCACCACUACACCACCACUACACCACCACUACACCACCACUACACCACCACUACACCACCACUACACCACCACUACACCACCACUACACCACCACUACACCACCACUACACCACCACUACACCACCACUACACCACCACUACACCACCACUACACCACCACUACACCACCACUACACCACCACUACACCACCACUACACCACCACUACACCACCACUACACCACCACUACACCACCACUACACCACCACUACACCACCACUACACCACCACUACACCACCACUACACCACCACUACACCACCACUACACCACUACUACACCGCCACUACACCGCCACUACACCACCACUACACCACCACUACACCACCACUACACCAUCACUACAACACCACUACACCACCACUACACCACCACUACACCACCACUACACCACCACUACACCGCCACUACACCGCCACUACACCACCACUACACCACCACUACACCACCACUACACCACCACUACACCACCACUACACCGCCACUACACCACCACUACACAACCACUACACCACCACUACACCACCACUACACCACCACUACACCACCACUACACCACCACUACACCACCACUACGCGGUACUCUACUCUAG